AUGGAGAUGCCGAGGAAGGCGGUGGGUUCUACUCUCAUCGUAUGGCUGCUUCUCGUGCAUUCAUGUAAGCAGCGCCUGCAGGUGCCGUCUGCGCUUGGAGCCGAUGACUGCUGGGUCCUGGACCGCGACCGCUACUACUACUGCCUCCGGACUGCCAAAUGCAGGAGAGCGUGCCUGGAGGACGGCUUCGUCGACGGGCGCUGCAACCAUGCGUUCCCCUACCUCGUGCCCCUCUGCGAGUGCCUGCGCCCGGAAUGCGCUACCCAAGUAACAAGCCCUGCGAAGUUCAGAUUAAUCCCGGUAUAGUUCGUGAGAGA